UUACGCUGAAGAUUCAGCAGCUGAUGUCAGUGCAGAGACGGAGCCAAAGCUCACUGAGUUAUUGUUCGAUUUAACGAGUCCUCUGCCGAUUAAAACGUGUUAAACUACCGGUGCUCUGUUCAGAAACGGUUAACACCGUCGGUAACCGGGAACGGACACAUCCGGGUGCUGAAACUGCUUUAGGACGAACCGGUAACUUUGGUGAUGUGCGUACCUGCGCAGAUGGCGACGCUCUGAGGGUGACAGCGGCAGAGACCUCACCCUUCCUCCCCUCCUCCUCCUGCUUCCCUCCCCGAACGCUGCACAGAUGUUUUCACUCGAUCAGGAAAACAUCUCCACCUCCCCUGCUUCCACCAAAGGACCAGUCAAAUAUGGAGAGCUCAUUGUGCUGGGGCUCCACCGCAGAGCUUUCACCGUAGCCUACGCUGUGAGCAACAAGGAGCAGCACAGUAUUUCCUACACUCUGUCCCGGGCGCAGACGGUGGUGGUGGAGUACACGCACGACAGCAACACUGACAUGUUCCAGAUCGGUCGCUCCACGGAGACUCCCAUUGACUUUGUGGUGACGGACACGCUGCUGCCCGGUGGUCAGAGCCAAGCUGACGGCCAGACGGUCCAGAGCACCAUCUCCCGCUUCGCCUGCCGCAUCAUCUGCCAAAGGAAUCCUCCUUACUCCGCACGCAUCUACGCCGCCGGCUUCGACUCGUCCAAGAACAUCUUCCUCGGGGAGAAGGCGGCCAAGUGGAGGAUGCAGGACGGUCAGAUGGACGGGCUGACCACCAACGGCGUUCUGGUGAUGCACCCGCGCCACGGCUUCAGCCAGGGCUCCAAACCUGGCGUGUGGAGGGAAAUGUCCGUCUGCGGAAGCGUCUUCACGCUGCGGGAAACCAGAUCAUCUCAGCAGAGAGGCAAGAUGGUGGACUCGGAGUCUAACGAGCUGGUGGACGGCUCCCUCGUCGACCUGUGCGGCGCCACCCUGCUGUGGCGGACGGCGGCCGGCCUGGCGCGCACGCCCACGGUCAAACACCUGGAGGCGCUGCGGCAGGAGCUGAACGCCGGGCGGCCGCAGUGCCCCGUGGGCCUCAACACGCUGGCGUUCCCCAGCCUUCGCCGCAAAGACGUCCCGGACGAGAAGCAGCCCUGGGCCUACCUGCGCUGCGGCCACGUGCACGGCUACCACGGCUGGGGCGGGCGCCGCGACCCCGCGGUGGACGCCGAGCGCCAGGAGAGGGAGUGCCCCAUGUGCCGCACGCGGGGCCCGUACAAGCCGCUGUGGCUGGGCUGCGAGGCGGGCUUCUACCUGGACGCCGAGCCGCCGACGCACGCCUUCGUGCCCUGCGGCCACGUGUGCUCGGGGAUGACCACGGCGUACUGGAGUCAGAUCCCGCUGCCGCACGGCACGCACGCCUUCCACGCCGCCUGCCCGUUCUGCAUCCAGCCGCUGGGCGUAGAGGCCGGCUGCGUCAGACUCAUCUUCCAGAGCCCGCUGGACUAGAGUCAGCCGGGACUACUUCUUCUCUCCUUCCAGAGCCCGCUGGACUAGAGUCGGCCGGGACUACUUCUUCUCUCCUUCCAGAGCCCGCUGGACUAGAGUCGGCCGGG